GCGGGCAGUAGGGGGUAUUGGGGUAACGGCGAAUAAGCGAGGUGCCGUUCGUGGAGUUACGCAUUAGUUCGGCUGGUCUCGGGUUCUGGUUUCUCCCGCGGCCGCUCGGUGUCAGCGUGUGCGCAAACCGGGUGCGCACUAGGCGUGUGCGUUGUCUAGAUUCUUUGUGCCAUUCCUGGCAUACCAAAAACAGAGUAACUCCUCAUAUUUACGGACCGAAUACUGUCUGAAUUUUGUGAAAACCGGCCUGCUUAUCACAUCAUCUCGUCUUGUGUAAGAGUAACGCGAUCACCGAUUCCGCCGAUACUUGAAAUAUUUUUUUAUUUAUUUAUUAUUCCACUCUUUACUUCCGCAAGUGAAGUGUAAUUUUGAAAGGUUGUUUGGUUGGUGAUCCGUGUGUUUGUUACCCGUAAACGUCCGUGGUUGGCCUGCGCGAAUAAACCCAACGGCAAAUCUGUCCGAGUCCUGUACCGUACUGCCGGUCGAUUAUUCAAAAAAUAAAUGAAUGUUUGCUGGGGUUAUCAACAUCUUGAUGUACGACUGGUGCACAAAGAGCACAGUAAGACACUCGUGAUGAUGAUACUCGCGGUUUUCUUGCUCGCGUCUAGUCUCUAGUCCGUUAGUUGGAUAAUAUAUGGUGAAUUAUUGAUCCGGUGGCGUGGUGGAAAACGGCGGCUAAGAGCGACAGAGACAGACAGACAGACGUUCGGACGGAGAGAAGAGAGAGUAGAGGGAGUUGUGUUCGAGCCCACACAGAACGUGGGCAGUUGUGCGAGAGGGAGUGAGCGGGUUAGCGCGCGCUCUUGGCCAACAGGGAAAGGGUACGACUAAAUACACUCGACAAAUACACACUUUGCGAAACUUAAAACACGAGUAACCAGGGCCCGAUUAUUUCUCGAGGGAAAUAACAAUAAAAUUUAUUUUUCCCGAAGAAAAAACGAGUCCGCGAUACGACCACUACUCUGUUCUAUUAAAUAUUUGUUGUUUUUAAAAGUGCUCCGACGGAUGAACGUCGACGUCUUGCUCCAAGACGGACAGUGUUUUUUAACGGUUUGAAAAAAAAUUUUUUUUUUGUUUUUUGGUUUUUGUUUAUUUGGUGUUUUAAUUUUGCGUACUUAUGUGCAGAUGAAAACGUGACUGAUAAUAAUGAUAUUUACGAUGUGGAGUUUGUGAAAUGUCACUGGUACAGAAUUUUUAAAAAACCAACUGGUAAUAAAACGCGACAAGUAAUUUACUGGUUAAUUAAAAGUGAAAUACUUUUAGUAAUUAUCUCUCUUAUUAUUGAGUGAUAAGUGAAGAGUGAGUGUUUUAUUAUUUUUUUAGACAGAUAUUUAAUCGUAGAAUUUGAGUUUUAUAAUUUAAAGGAAACUUAUUUGUAAUUUUAGUUCGCGCGCACAAAAAGCAGCUGGGACGCGCGCGUUUUUCGCCGCUCCCCUACGAACUUUUUAACCGUGGCCUCCUAUCGCGUCACGCGCAGGAAACCCCAAAUUGCCCGCGACUUGGAUGGAUACUGUGCAUUAUUUUUGGAGUAAGUUCCAACGCUGACCUGACUACUAAUUGAUCAUUCAUCUUAAUUUUUUACGAAGCUCUACUUCCAUGCUAUGCAUUCCAUGAUAAUUACACCAGGCAGUGCGGUGGCUGCAGCCGACACCAUUUCUUCGCCGUGGACACCCGCGAGUUCCGGGCCGCCGCCCGAUGCCAACGGCUCCGGCUCGGAUACGAAGAACCUCGAUGUUGGCGAUAUCAGCGAUGACGAAAAGGACUUAUCGGCGGCAGACGCAGAAGGCGUAUGGUCGCCGGAUAUCGAACAGAGCUUCCAGGAAGCUCUUACAAUAUAUCCGCCUUGCGGUCGACGUAAAAUUAUCCUCUCCGACGAAGGAAAGAUGUAUGGUCGAAAUGAACUGAUUGCUCGAUAUAUAAAGCUUAGGACCGGUAAAACGAGAACGCGAAAGCAGGUUUCUUCACACAUUCAAGUACUAGCGAGGAGAAAACUUCGUGAAAUACAGGCUAAGCUCAAAGUGGAUCACGUGACGAAGGAGAAGACUCUUCAGACAAUGUCGAGUAUGUCAAGUGCACAGAUAGUGUCAGCUGGAAGUGUAAUACACAACAAGAUGACCCCUGCCCUCAUGGGGACCCUAGCCCUCCACGCUUCCACCCCCUCCUAUCCUGGAGCGAAUUUCUGGCAACCUGGUCUCCAACCGGGAACAUCCCAAGAUGUCAAGCCUUUUUCACAGCCAGCUUACACGGGAAAACCGGCGACUGCGGUCUCCAGUGGUGAUAUGGUACAGGCACAGCCUCCGCCACCAUGGGAAGGCCGUUCUAUUGCCACCCAUAAAUUAAGACUCGUUGAAUUUUCAGCGUACAUGGAUCAGCACCGAGACCAAGAUAUUUACCACAAACAUUUGUUCGUCCACAUAGGAGGCUCGGCGACUUACACGGAUCCACUUCUAGAAGCCGUUGACGUCAGGCAAAUUUACGACAAAUUUCCAGAAAAGAAAGGAGGCCUAAAAGAGCUCUAUGAUAAGGGACCACAGGCGGCUUUCUUCCUCGUCAAAUUCUGGGCGGAUCUCAAUACAAAUAUUCAGGACGAGGCUGGCGCCUUUUAUGGUGUGACAAGCCAGUACGAGAGUACAGAGAACAUGACGAUAACCUGUUCGACAAAAGUGUGUUCCUUUGGAAAACAAGUGGUAGAGAAGGUGGAGACUGAGUAUGCAAGGUUUGAGAAUGGUAGGUUUGUUUAUCGCAUCAGUCGUUCCCCCAUGUGUGAAUAUAUGAUAAACUUUAUUCACAAACUAAAGCAUCUGCCAGAAAAAUAUAUGAUGAACAGUGUUCUUGAGAAUUUUACAAUUCUACAGAUUGUGACAAAUAGAGAUACGCAAGAGACGUUACUCUGUACAGCGUACGUCUUUGAAGUAUCGACGUCUGAACAUGGUGCUCAGCAUCACAUAUACAAACUGGUCAAAGAUUAGUCUGAUAAAAAAAUAUCUGCUCGCCAUGCAGCCAUCCACCCCCAUCAGUGCCUACCACCACCACCACCACUACAUUUAAUCAUCCAUUUAUUAUUACAAUUACAAUUACGCUUGUGAAUUUUAAUAUUCGCAUACAUCUAUGUGACGACACACAUACACAUACAUAUAUAUAUAUACAUACAUACAUACAUCUAUUAUAAAUAUAUAGAUAUAUAUAUAAUAUAAUAAUAAGAACAAUAAUAUCACACUAGAUAUCUCCAACAUCAACUUUAACUACCGGUACUACAGCGUGUAAUUAUUACAUAUAUAUGUAAUUUAAUGUAUCACGAGGUACAGUGUACUUGGAUCAAAAUUAUUAUUUUGUUUUAUAUUUUGCUUUAUCGCGAUAACGUAAAUCGAUACUUAUGAAUUCGUUUGUAAGCUGUGAUCUCAAAUGAUUUACGUUAAUCGCUAAUUAUCCGCGAGGAUUUAUAUAUUAACUCAAACUAUUUUUUUUAAAAUAUAUAUAAAUAUACAUAUAUAAAAGAAAAAAAAAAAAAAAAAUUAUCUAUUCAAAAUUAAACGCACUGACUACUGAGUCAACCCGAGUCUAUUUACCAGUGAGUAUUUUUAUUGAUAAAUUAAAAUGAAAAUUUAUUAUUAUUAUUGUAAUUAUUUUUUUUUGUGUAAUUUUAUAUAACGUGACAUUUGGCAAUCAAAAUUUAGUGCAAAUGUUGAAAUUGACAAUAAUUAGAUGAAAAAAUAAAAAAAAUUAAAUACCGUAAAGUAUUUAUGAUAAAUAUUUAAUAGAGUUUAUUAAUUAGUAAAAAAAAAAGUAAAUAAUUAGAACGUGAUCUUGGGUUGGCUCAGUACUGUAAUUAAAAUUAAUAAAUAAUUAAUACGAUUUAGUAUUAUAAUUUAAUCAGAGUUAAUUCAACUAUUUUGGACAUACGGAAAAUUAUAAAUUAUAAAUAAUAAUAAUAAUAUACACAUUAAUAAAUAAAUAAAUAAAAUAUACAUAUAUUUGCGGCUAAGAGUAUAUAUGUUAAUAAAUAUUAAUGCAAUUACAAUUUAAAUUGUUAUAAAUUAUCUAUCGAGAAGGCAUCAGUUGCCUGCAUUACUUUUGCCAAAAUCAAAUGCCUACAAUAUUUUUUCAUACAUGAAUUCUCACUGCUCAGUGCCUACUAAAAUUUUUUCUAUGGUUCUAUUGUCUACAUAAAUAUAAACUAUGUAAUUUUAAUUGCAUACAAAAAUUACUGGACUGCUCUAUUGUCCACUUGAAAAUAUUUCUCGAUGUUCAAUUUGUUGCUAUUUAAUUGUGGCCCGAUAGGGACGAUAGCCAAGAAAAAAAAUGAUUCUUCCGUGUACUUGUUGCUACGAAAUGAUCAAUGAUUAAGAUCAAUCAUUUGAGAAAAAACCACAGCUGAUCUGGAAAAUAUCAGAGCCACAGUCUUCAGGAACUGGAAAACUUGACAGUUUUCUAUUAUAAAUUAGUAAUCUGAUCAAGUUAUUGUCUCCAGCGACUAUGGGAUCCAACCCAGUGUCAUAUUAUGGACCAGACGAGAUAUUAUUGUGAAGACUGAUAUUUUUCAGAUCACCUGUGGUUUUUUUUUUAAUGAUCGGUCUUGAACGUUGAUCAUUUCUCCUCAAGUACUUGAUUUUCUCAGCAUAAUCAGGAGUAUUUCUUUGAUUUGGGUACACGAUUAAAUAGCAAUCAAUUGAACAUCAUGAAAUAUUUUUAAGUAGGCAAUAGAACAGUGCAGUAAUUUUUGUAGGCAAUAGAAUCGUAGAAAAAAAUAUUUAGUAGGCGACUGGGUAGUGAGCAUUUAUGAGGUACGGAAAAAUAUUGUAGGCAUUUUUAUAGAUUCAGGAAAAACAAUGCAGGCAACUGAUGCCCUCUCGAUAUCGUGUAUAAAGCUAUCUAAGUGAUUUUAAUUUUAAAAAUUAAAUGAAAGUUGAUAAGAUACGAAUGAGAAUAAAAAAAAAUAUAUGAAAUUUUAAGUAAAAUAAAAAAUGCCAUUCGCGAGUCUAGAAUUUAUCAAAUGAUAAUUAUUUUUUUAAUUAGUGAUCAGAUGAAUUUUAAAUAAUAUUAUUAUUAUUAUUAUUAAUAUUUACUGGGCAGAUUUAAUUCGAUUAAUCCGAUUGAGUACUUUAUCAUUUUUUAUAUUUUUCGUGCGAUCCCACCCGAACUUCAGGUAGCAAGUAGACUAUUAAUGUCUUUGUAAUUCUGAUGAUUAUAAUUACACUAUUUUUUACCGUAAGGUUCCAUUAAUAUUUUUUUUUUCUGUAGUUUAAUGAAGUGGCUGAAUUUCUUACUUAGUGUAAUUGUUUGUUUUUAUCUUUUUACUUACAGUAAUUAAAGAAAUAUUAUUACUAUAGUUAUUAAAAGUUAUGAUUGUAACGAUUGCUCUGGUUACGCAAACAAUUUUAUAAAUUAUUUUUACGAAAGAUCAUGUCUUAUAAUAGAUUUUUACAAACUAUACUAUAAUUAUUUGAGUUCCGUACUUAAAAAAAAAAGAAAAAAAACAACUCAGUACUCGUUGAAAAAUAAUUAAAUUGCACAGAAAAUAAAUCGGGUAAUUUAUUAAAAAUACAAGAAAAAUUGCGGCGAAAUGGUCUUUGAUUUUUUGUUAAGAUUUGGGGUAAUUUGGGCCUAUUAAAAUUUUAAAAAUAAAUUAAUUUUCGUCAUAAAAAUUUUUAUUUUUUAUGACGGAAAUAUUAAAAAAAAUCAAAUUUUUUUAUGACUCAUUUUACCCUUUUUUUCAUGAAUCUCUUAUGAAAAAUAAUAAAUAAAACCUCAUAUUAAUUUAAACAAUUGGAUUAAUUGGAUAAUUAAUUUUUUUGCUUACCGAGCAAAAUAAUAAUUAAAAUAAAUAAUUUUUAGAUGUAUAAUUAAUAUUAAUUACCGUAUUGUAAUUAAGUUUUACGGAUAAACAAGUGGCAAUUUAUUUUGAUCUCUUUAGUCAGAAAUAUUUCCUUUUUUUUUUUAAUUAAAAAAAAAUGAAUUAUUAAUUUGAUUAAUAAAAUUAGCACUCAAACAACAAAAAGGCAAAAAUAUUCAUUGGCAGCUUUUGUACUUCUUAGUUGUUAUUAUUUUUUUAUAUCGCUAAUUAAGCAGCUUAUUUGUUAAUUAACAAAUCCUAUAUAUAUAUAUAUUGUCAUCAACUAACAAAAUUAAUUUUUUAAAUAAAUUAAUUACGUCAAUUGCUAUUGAGAAAAAUGUUAAAUAAUUAAUUAUAGUGUAAAAAAAAAAUUAAUUGAAUUCUCAAUGGGUUGAAUUGAAUGCAAUCACGCGAUGUUACAUUUUAUGACAAUUCAAAAUUUUGUUAUCGAUAAUUAAUAAUUAAUAAUUAAAUAAUAAUAAUAAUUAUGAUUAAAAUAUAAUAUAAUAGUAAUCAUACUAAUUAUUAAUUGAUUAAUUAAUUAAUAAAAUAAGAAGAAGUACAUAAAUUAAAAUAAAAAAUAUAAAAAUGAUGAGCACCGACAAGAUUAUUAUUAACAGUAAUUAAUUAAGUAAAUUACAUAAGAAAAAAUUAUGGAGAAAAUAAAAAUAAAUAUAUAUUUAUCUAUGUCUUCUGCGAAGAUAGCAAAUAGUACUCUCUCAUUCUAUAUUGAUGAUAUCAAAAUUUUAAAUGAAAUUAUAAAUGAUAUCGGCAGAUGUAGUCUAUGAGAAAAAAUAAAAAUAAAAAUAAAAAUGAAUUAAAUUCAAAUAGCAGCUCGUAAUUGUAUUGCAAAUACAUUGGCGAUUGAUCGUACGGUUAAAUUUUUAAAAAUAAAAUAACAAACUUUGUAAAUAGUUUUAAAUAAUGACUAUCAUUCUAAUUAAUAAAGUUCCAGUGGCCAUUCAGAUAAUUAAAAUUUUUUUAAAUUUUAAAUUUUCAUUUUUAAUAAUCAUGUGGAAAUUUAAUUUUGUGCACAGAAAAAAAAUAAUUUCUUGUCUCAAAAGUAUUUUUAUUUACCCCAAGAAAUUUUUUUCAUUAUGAAUUUAAGACAAAAAUUUUCUUGGAGUAAAAAAAAAUUUUGGUACCAAGAAAUUUUUUUUUGUGUGUAAAAAUACUAUAGUGUUUGUUUUAAAUAAUUUGAGCAGGUGGACAAUUUUUUUUUUAAUUCAAAAUAUUUUUUAAUAAGAAUUUUAAUUUUCGUAUUUUGAUUUUCAUAGAAAAUUAAAUUUCUGAGUGAAUUUUUUUUAAAUUUUAUAAAAAAUAAUUUUUUAGUUAAUGGAAGAAUUAUAGCAAAAUUUGAAAAAACUGGGAAAAUUUGAAAAUAAAUCGAAAAAAAUUGUACGCUACUUAAAAUUUAAAUCGCAAGCGCUGUAAUUUUUUUUUACACGAAAAAUAAAAUUAAAAUUGCACAUAUUAUUGUAUUUAAAAUUUUUGAGAGAGAUAUGAACACAAAAAAUAAUAAAUUUAUAAAAUUCAUUGAUUUGUUAUUUCUUUUUUUUUAUAAAACUAAGUUGCAGUUUUAUAUAAAUCCGAUAAACUGUAAAUGAGCUACAUACAUAUGAUAUGAAAUGUUUAUUAAAUAAUCGUACAAUUUUAAGUGCAUUGAUCUAUAUAACGUUUAAUUGAAUUGAAAAAAAAUAAUGUUGCAAUUAAUAAUUAUCUUUGAUUGUUUUAAAAAAAAAUAUAUAAUUUUUUUUUAAUAUCCUGGAACUGCCAUAUCAAAUAAUUGAGCUUGUUCAUAAAUAAACAACAAAAAAGCAUUGUGUGAAAAAAAAAAAAAUAAACACUUGUAUAUUAUUAAUUAUAAUUAAUAGAACGAAAUGAGGAUCAAAGUAGACGAUUUUACGAGUAAAUGAGAAAUAAAAUAAAAGAUAUAUCAUUAAAUUAGAGAUUUAAAAGUAUAAUUAAAUUCAGUAUAUGUACAGUAUUUGAAAAAAAAUAAUAAUAAAAAAAAAAAAAAAAAAAACAUGUUUAUAAUUUGUAUGAAAAAUAAAGAAUUGAUAUAA